AUGGCCGCUUAUCAGCUUGAUUCGAUGGAAGGUAUCAUUGCAAAUACAGAUCAGCUUGAUUUGAUGGAAGGGAUUGAAAAAUCUGUAAAUGCGGCUGAUACGACGGCAAUCGUGGCGGCAAGCAAUCCGGUGCUAGGAAACCUUGGCAAGCGCAAAAAUCGAAGCAUCCACGCGGAUAAUCUUGCUAUGCAAGCCGCUUUUUUUACAACUAGAUUUAAUGAUGGAAAAUACUUGAAUAGCGAUUGGGUUGAUGAAGCAUUCAAUUCAAACGAAGAGGUUUAUAAGGAAUUUAAUUUGCGAAAAGACGAAGAAGAAAAUGGUGAUAUACCUCGCGAUGGAUACGUCUCGAUUACCGAUGAAGAGAUGGAGAAGGUCACUCGGCAAUUAGCACGUCAGCACGCAUGGUUACGCUAUAUGAUGACCGUUUGGCAAUUUCGUCGCUACUGGCAAAGUGUAGCGCGGUCUUUGACAAAGAAGUGCCGAGCUGCUAAUUUAAAGAGUGGGGAAGCUUUCCUUGAAUUGAUGGCUUGGGACUUAGCAAGCACGGUUUCAAAACGAAUUAAUCUUUAUUCAAUCAAGCUUCUUUACGUUUACUUUUCCUUUGAUGAAAAGAAGUAUUGGCGAGCUAAAAUUAGAGCAAAUACCGAUGAGAUUGAAUACGAAUUGCCGGGUUUAGCCGCUUGGUAG